GGCAGUUCAUUCGCUCAGAAAUUGCAUCGAUCUCAGAAGAAAUUUUCCUGCUCAUUUUCCCUCCGUUUCUCUCCCCAAUUACAUCCACCUUCCUCAAUCCAUAAGGAAACAAAGCGACUUUUCAAGCCCCUCAAAGAUCUAGGGUUUCUUCCACUUCUUCGAAACUCACAAGUAUUGAUAAAUUAGGUUGGGCAUUGGAGUGAACGCUCUCAGCUUCGGAUUUUGAAUCUAGGGUUCGGUGAUCUGUAUAUGUGUUUCGAUGAGCAUGGAAAUCGUGGGCGAUGCGGCGUCGUUCGACGCCGAGUUGUUUCAGCUUUCGGAGGUUUCUCCUUUGGCGCUCAAAUCGAAUCCGAGUUUCGUCGAGACGCUGUUCGAGCAUUGGCUUUCGCUUCCCGACAGCAAUCGGCUGGUAACGUCGCUGAUUAACGAUGCUAAAGCAGGCGGUCCCUUGAAUGUCCCUGGAAACUCGUCUAGUCCGCAUGCCAUUUCGGGCAAUUCUUUGCCUUCCAUGUUUCCCGCGGGCAGUGCACCUCCCCUAUCACCAAGGAGUACAUCUGGCUCCCCUCGCAUAAUGAAACAUAGGGCUGGCCCUUCUAAUUUAGGUUCUCCCCUGAAACUAGUUAGUGAGCCAGUUAAAGAAUUGAUACCUCAGUUUUACUUUCAAAAUGGGCGUCCUGUCACAAAUGAACUAAAAGAACAAUGUCUGUAUAAAAUUAAUCAGUUUUUCUAUGGCCACUUGGACGGGCUGCAGAUAAAUGAAUUUAAAUCUGUUACAAAGGAAGUUUGCAAGCUGCCAUCAUUCUUCUCCACAGCUCUUUUCAAAAAGAUUGAUGCUAGCAACACUGGUUUUGUAACAAGAGAUGCGUUUGUUGAUUAUUGGAUCAACGGAAAUAUGUUGACUAUGGACAUUGCUACCCAGAUAUAUACUAUUCUAAAGCAACCUGAUCUCAAGUACCUCACUCAGGAGGACUUUAAGCCUGUGCUUCGAGAACUUUUGGCAACUCAUCCAGGGUUAGAGUUCCUACAGAGCACACCUGAGUUUCAGGAAAGAUAUGCUGAAACUGUAAUAUACAGGAUAUUUUACUACAUAAAUAGAGCUGGGAAUGGUCAUCUUACCCUCAGGGAGUUGAAACGUGGAAACUUGAUUGAUGCAAUGCAACAUGCAGAUGAAGAAGAGGACAUCAACAAAGUUUUGAGGUACUUCUCGUAUGAACAUUUUUAUGUUAUAUACUGCAAAUUUUGGGAGCUGGAUGCGGACCAUGAUUUCUUGAUCGACAAGGAGAAUCUCAUCAGAUAUGGUAACCAUGCACUUACAUAUCGGAUUGUUGAUAGAAUAUUCACUCAGAUCCCAAGAAAGUUUACUAGUAGAGUUGAAGGAAAAAUGGGAUAUGAAGAUUUUGUUUACUUCAUACUCUCAGAGGAGGAUAAAUCGUCUGAGCCCAGUCUUGAGUAUUGGUUCAAGUGCAUAGAUUUGGAUGGAAAUGGAAUUAUAACACGAAAUGAACUGCAAUUCUUUUAUGAGGAGCAGUUGCAUCGAAUGGAAUGCAUGGCUCAGGAGCCUGUUCUUUUUGAGGAUAUAUUAUGCCAGAUAAUUGACAUGAUUGGACCAGAGAACGAGAACUAUAUUACCCUCCGUGACUUGAAAGGCUGUAAACUUUCAGGAAGUGUAUUCAAUAUUCUCUUCAAUCUCAAUAAGUUUAUGGCCUUUGAAACUCGUGAUCCAUUUCUUAUCCGCCAGGAACGUGAAAAUCCAACCUUGACAGAGUGGGAUCGGUUUGCACAUAGAGAAUAUAUUAGACUUUCUAUGGAAGAAGAUGUUGAAGAUGCCUCCAACGGAAGCGCUGAAGUUUGGGACGAAUCACUUGAGGCUCCCUUCUGAGUUCAUUAAAAAGUUCUAAGUUCUGACUAAAAUUUCUUAAUUCAUCUUUGAACUGGCCAUCCGAGAAAGGAACUGCUGUCAACUCAUAGGAUCAGCCGUUGGAAGUGUAGACAACUACAACCCUAUUCAAACGGGAACUCUGAGGUUGGCAGUAUGGGAGGUGUCAUGUGCCAGCAGUAAUAAUAUUCAGAUCUUCAUGUGCAUUCAUCCACACAUUAUUAUCGGUUACGGUGGAUGCCGCCGUUGCAUCAUACGAGUUGCAGGAGGACUAGCUGUCUGCUGAGAGGUGAUUAAACAGAGCCAAGAUUAAAGUAUUUAAGAACACUCAAUUCCUCCCUCUCACCCCUUCUUCUAGUUCCCCCCCAACAAUAUUUAACCUCCAGUUGUAAGUUAUCAGCUAUGUUAGUUUUUUCCUCUUCUUUUUUCUCCUGCACAAAAAAAAAAAAAAAAAUUCUUUUAGCUAGUGCUUGGUUCUUUAGACACCUUUCGUUUAAAAAAGAGCUAUUUGGUGGUUUCAGUAUGUUUCUUGUGUCUAGGAAUUUUGAAUCGGUCUUUGGUCAUUCUCAAUUGAUUUUCGAUGUUUAAUAGUUAUGUGUUCGGUUCUUGUGUACGUUUUCCAUGUUUUUCCUUCAUGGUAAGUGAUAACAACACCGAACAAACAUAUCACUAAAUUUUCCGAGCCAAAAAAAAAAAAAACAACAAAAAACCUAUCGCAAAAUUUUAUUGAAGGAAAAAACACAGUACUUCGGUUCCCUAUCAUAG